AUGUCAAAGCAAUAUUAUUCCUUUAAAAAAGAGGUAGCAGGUGAACUGGAAGAUAAUACAUUUUUGACAUUAUGGGACUUUCUAGAGUCCUGGAUUAUUCAAAAUGAUUGGAUGGCAAUUUUCUUUAUAAUUUUCCUAGGAAUUAUUUUUGAGAUAAUAUUCAUGAAAACUUGUGCAUACUUUUGGAAGAAUCCCACACUUCCUGAAGAGGGUAGCUCAGAUGUCCAGGAGAGGGAAGACAGUUGCCUGAAGAGCAUGGCAUUUGCUCCAGAGAAUUCGUCAGUUAUUAACUCAUCUUCGGAAGAAAGGGUUGGCACCUUUUCAGAAAAAAGAGUUACUUCAUUACUUACAUCUGAAGAAAAGGAAUGUGACUUUGAAGAUAGAAUUUUAUUAUCACAUGAAAUAAUACGGUCAGGUACUAGUGAAAGUGAAGAUCAAGUAAGUCACUCUAGUGAAAGUCAUAUGCCAUCUUCAAAUGGAAUCAGCUCAUCUUUGUCAUUGUUUAAUUCAGAAGUAGAGAAAAUGUGUCUAAGCCAUACAGAGCAUCCAAUGAAUAUGAAACAAUACAAUGAAUAUGAAACAAUACAACAUGAAUAUGAAACAAUACAAUUUUCCUCCAAGAAAUUAUUUUCAAUGAUGAAAACCAACAAAAACAAAAAUUCAGAAUUUUCUUCUGAUCUUAGCUUUUCAGCUUCUAGAUUCACUGUAGAAAAUGAAGACUUAGAUGUGGCACCUUGCCCUCCUGCCCAUUUAUUUCUUUCUAGAGAUCAAGUUAGACUUCUGGAAGAAAAUGUGAGAAAUCAAAUUCCUUCAAAACCAAAAGCUAAGUUAGAGAGUAAAACUACUUAUCAGUGCUCAAGAUCUCAACAGUCCUUGAAUCAGAAUCAACCUUAUGUUGGAAUGGUUAUUUCUGUCCAAGCACAGGAUUCUUUUCCAGGACAAAAUACUAUUCAGAAUCAAGGUCUUUAUGAAGUCCAAUUUACUAGUAUAAAUCAUAACCAAGAAUUAAUCAACAGCCAGCCUGAUAUCAAGGCCAGCGGCUUUGCCCAGCCUCAAGAUGGGAUGACGAAGCCAUUUUGUAGCAGCGCACAAGAUUCAUUUCAGUCCCAAGAUUUGGAGAGGAACCAACAUUUUGUUGAAGUUCCAUCAGUUGUUGAGGCACAAUAUUCAGUCAAGAGCCUGGGGUCUGAUGAACACUUCGGUGAGGACCAACAUUCUGUUUGGUUGAUAAAUUCAAACAAGAUUAAAUAUUCAACUAAGAGGCAAGAUAUUAUUUUUAAGAAUGCUGGAUUUCUAGUUUUAACUCUGAAUCCAAAUUUAGUUGCUGAAGAUAUUCCACACCUAAGGACUGUAAAACCAGAAGGCCAGCAACAAAUUGUUUCAUCAGAAUUCAACAAAGAUUCUGUAUAUAGCUCAGUGCCUCUUUCAUCUACCAUUAAAGGGCAGAAAAAUAGAAGAAAAACACCAGACAGUAAAAACAAACUCAGUCUUAACAUUCCAUCUCUAAAAGCCAAAAAACCACCAACUUCACAAGUAUUUCAAAUCACAGCAUGUCACACUUUAAAAAAUAGGAAUGAGUUAGGAUGCAAGAAUAACACUGACAAGAAAGAAUUACAUGAAAGGAAAGAUAUAUCAGAUGUAGCUUUGCAUCUUAUUUCUGUUUCCAAGCUUAUUCUGCCUUAUAUUAAAAAUUAUUCCAGAAAACAACUAGUGAAAUUCAUGCCAGGUUUAAUAAAAUGUGGACAUUUUCUGCAGAGGAAAAAUAAGUCACCAGCUACAGAGAAAAUCAAUUAUACAGGUGCUGCUGAGAAGACAGGAAUCUUGGGUGCUACUAAAAAAGAAAAGGAGUGUGACAAAGAAAAUAAAGGACUAAAAAAUAUUUCACCAAAAAUGUUACCUCAGCUAGAAGAAUCCUUCAUGGUCAACACCGAUCAACUAAAAGCACCUUGUUUACUAGUAGAAACAAAUGGGAAGAGUAAGGAAUCUCUUAAAGACCCAGUUACACAAGCAAAGGAAAUUGCUAUUACAGAAUUGCAUGCUCCAAAUAGUAGAAAACCAUUUGAUCUUCAUAUUCUGAAGCACAAGACAUCUUUAGAAGAUGCUAUAUCAAAACCUACGCAGAAACUCAUUUCCUCUCCCAAAUGGGAAACGAACAAUAGAAUGAAAAUACAGGAGGUCCUGCAAAGUUCAGAGAAUUCCCAUCGUCAACUUUCAAAUGGAGAGGAUUUACCAACUAGUACACCAAAAAUGCAAAGGUGCUUUCCAAGGGAAAAUACACAGAAACAACAAGAUUUUUUGCAACUUGUUCUGGAGUUGUCAAAUGUCCAUUUGCUAAUUUCCCUGGGAAGCAAUAUGCAUAAAAGCAGUGAAGAAUUAAAAGCCGUAAAAAUUCAAGUGAGUACAGAAAGUGUAAAUCUGAAGGAAAAUGAACCACUGAUGCUUAAUGUUACAGAUGACCUAAGUGAAAGUGAGGCACUAGAAUGCAACGCUAGAAAUAACGUAACAAACAUGCAUCAAGAUAAAGAAAUGUCUGAUGCAUUUCACAGUGCCGCUUACACUACCAUUUCUGAACUAUCUGAUACAGAAAUAGAUAGCAGAUUAAAAGCAAAGGCAGACACAUUAAGAAGAAUAAGGGUCAGUCACUCAGUGUCAAAGCAUGAGAAAUUACCAGAUGAGAAGGAAACACAGAAUGCAGAAUACAUUGAUAAGAGCUCUACCUUUAAAAAGUCACAACAAUGUGAUAGAAAGGAAGAGGAGAAAGAAGCAAAUUCAGAGCUGCCACAAGACUUCAGAUUCAGCAUGCAUCUAAAGCAAAGGCCCAAAUACAUCAAAUUUGAAAUGGAACAGAUCAGUUCAGGAAGUAGUAAAGCCCCAAACAAAGAGCAAGAGGUACAACCACAAACUCUUUCUACACAAACAAUUUUGGAGACUAGUCCAUGCCCCAUGAUGGAUCCAUUUCAAGUUGAGAAGGUGAAGCAAAGCACAGAUAGACCUACAGACAGAAAGAGUGCUGCAGAUACAAAGAAUCCACUUACAAUGCCAGAGAACUUGGCAGUUGGUGAACUUUCAGUUGAAACAACAGAGUAUAGUGUUCCAUUUGGUGGAAACCUCCGAAAGACAAUGGAUGGUCAUACUGUAGAAGAAAAGGAAGACAUAAAAAGAGAUUUACCUGCAGUUGCCCUGGGGUCUUUUGAUAUCCGCUUGCUUACUUUAUCACAUCUUAAAAGGCAGAAAAUUAAAAAAACAUUAUCAGAAACAAAAAAUGUUCUCAGUGUCAAAUACGUAAUUAUGAAAGUAAAGAAGCCAGCAAUCUCACUGAUGCCUUACAUCAAUAUAUACGGUACUCCAAACCACAGGAAAAAAAUGGGAGGCAAUUUUGAAAUCAUAAUUAAACAGAUACUGCAAGAUAAAAUUGUGGCAGGUGUGCUUCUGAAUGUUAUUAACCCUCACCUGUCUAUUUUGCCUAAUACUAGAAUGCACAGCGGAUUAAAUGCAGAGAAUCACAGUUAUAUCAAGGUAGUCCAAGAGGAAUCCCAAAUUGGAAGGGAAGAAAAGUGUCCAGCUUUCAUUAAUAAGGGAAAUGAAUCCCAAAAUGCACUAGAAGCUAAAUUGCAAGAUGAAGUAAAACGCAUCAAAGAAACUCUACCAAAAGUAGCCCUACAUGAUAGCUGGAGCCUUGGACUUGACGCACAUCUAGCGAAGGAGAUUAAAACAGAGAAAGAAAUGCAUCAGCCAAUCCCAUUCACAGAAACUACUAUGGAGUCUGUUGUCUCUCCCAUAAUGCAAUCAUCUCAUGUUGAGAAUGUGAAGAGCAGUCAAACAACAGAAACAGACUGCAAAUGCACUGCAGAUUCAGAGAUGCCUCCUCCAAUAUCAGGAAAAUCACUGAUUGGACACUUUUUAAACCAAACAAGAGAAAGUGAUGUUCCAAGUAAUGGAAGUGAUACAAGAGAAAUGGGUUACUGUUUUGCAAGAAAAAAGACAGAAAUACCAAAAAAUUUACCAGCAGCUUCGCCAGAGACUUACAAUUGCUGCACACCUGUUUUGUCUUCUUCUAAAGUGAUGAAAAAGAGGGUAACAUUUGCACUCACGACAAGUACAGUGAAGUCCAAAUGCCUAAAUGCAAAGGAUGUGAAGCCAUCAGUCUCAGAGACAGUCAGUGUCACAAGCCACAGAAAGAAAUCGGAGUUAGACUUUAAGUUUAAAAAGAUAAACCAAGCUAAAGGAUUGGUGCCUGAAUAUCCAAAUGUCCUUUUCUCUCCAAUGCAUAGCAGAUUGCAGAGAGAUUUCUGUCUCUCUGUGUCUCAAUUAAAGCAAGGAGAACCAGCAGUUAAGACAUACACUGAUGUCUUUGCUAAGAGUAGUGUAUUCCAUGACAGAGAGGAAAAAUCUCAAGACCGAGAGGAAGAGGAACAAAAAGCUUCAUUAGAAGCAGUGCCACAGCUUAGCCAGCACCUGGGGUCUCAUGCCUGUCAAAUGAAGGAAAUCCAUCUUGAAUCACACCCAGCGCUGAAUUAUUUAACACUGGAGCAAUGUGUUAAUGGAAAAAGUUUGCAGCACCAAACAGAUUUUAAACAAACUACUUUAAAGACUAGUCUCCAAAUGGGUCCUUUAGAAGCUGAAGAAGUACAAAAAACCAACAAAACCAAAAAUGACAUAAUAGCCCUUGUGGGUCCUAAGAUUCCACCUCCCAAAGCUUUACAGGCUCCAGAGAAUAGCCAUGGCUUCAUACUCAAUGCACAUCAGAGGGAUCAUGAGCUUGUCAAAUCAGAUGACGGACGGAACCAACCAGGAAAUGCAAAUAUCCAGGUACAACCACAAACACAUUUUACACAAACUAUUUUGGAGUCUAGUUCAGGUCCUACAGUAGAUCAAUUUCAAUUUGAAAAGGUAGAGAGUUAUGUUAGGUUUUCACCUCUAAACUCUGGGGAAGCAAAAGUUGAUGAAAUCAUAUCUUAUGCAAGAGAAGGUGGUAUCUCAUCUGAUUCUAGCCUUCAGAAGGAACAGCCUGGUGGGAGUGAAAAGAAGGAAACAGUGAUUUUUGAUUCCUGCAUGUCUGCUUUAUCUACACCUAAAAGGAAGAGAAACUUAAAACAAUUUUCAGACAUGAAAACUUUAGUGAAUCCCAAAUGUGGAAUUAUGAAGGCAAAGAAGCCAUCAAUUUCAUACAUGCUCAAUAUCAAGGCUAGUGCUGGUCCAAACCAUAGAAAAGAACUGAGCUGUAACUUGACAACCAAAAUGAAAGAAGUGCAUCAAGGCAAAAAGGGGGCAGAUAAAACAUAUGCUUUCCUGACUAUGACACCUGACAUUAACACGUAUGGCAAGGUGGAGACAGAAAAAGACACACUUAGAGAAGAAAGACUCGGUUGUAUUCGAGUAAAGCAAGAUACAUCUCCAAAUGAAGAUAGUAUUACUUCAGAUAACAUUAAAGAAACCUGUCUUCAAGAUGAAGAGCAAGAAGAAAGGAAACAGGAGGCAUUGUUAAAAGUAAUUCCACAACACGUGCAACAUUUCAUAUUCCGUUCAGGUCAGAGGGAGGAUCUCGACUUUCACAAAUUAGAAAACCAAGGAAGUAGGAAAAUUCUGUUUGUUACCAAGCAAGAUGUCCCACAACAACUUCAUUCGGCAGAACCAAUACAAGGGGUGGAGACAAACAAAUGCCUCCAGACCCAAAAUGGCACAAUAUGUACAGUAAACGCAAACCUUCCUCUAAAAUCAGAGGACUCACUAAAUGGUGAAGUUUUAAUUGGUGCAAUAAAACAUGGUGUGCCAACUGACAGGAAAUGUAGGGGGGAACAGCACGAUUCAGGUAAAGGGGAAAAGGUUGAGUUUCAUAGAGAUCUACGAGCAACCGUCCUGGAGUUACAGAUAUCGCCACAUGGUGGGGAGGCAGAGAAGGCCAAUUUGACUGAUAUGGAAAGCGGAUCUAACGUUGCAAUCAACAUGAAUGUACAACAUGAAAGGGAAGAUAAAAAUAUUCAGAAAAUGUUGUCAGACUCAGUUCCAUGCCAUAGUCAACACCUCAGUUUCAGUGCACAUCAAAUGAAAGAUCCUGACCCUUGCAAAUUAGGAUCUGAACUGAAAAGUCCAGAAGACAGAAGUUCUUGGAAUUUGUCUCAUAUAGCGCAAAAAACAAAGCAAGAAACACACUUUAGAGAAACGGUUUUAGAGCCUAUUUCUAGGUACAUGAUGAAACAAAGUCCUCAUAUGCAAGAAGGAAUAAAAUGUAUGGUAGGUCCAAAGACUUCAUUUCCCAAAACAGGGAAAUCAGAGAUUGGUUCAAUACCAUUUGAUACUCCUUUGGAUGAAAAUCCUAGAAGGAAAUGGAAUAGUUCUAUUUCUGAGAAAACUGCAUGGAAUCAAAAAAACUUAAGAACAGUCUUAAAACCUUUCGAUUUCUCCAGCCUUGUGUCAUCUGAAUAUGAAAGCCAGAGCUAUACGUUAGAGUUUAUGGGCAAGAAAAGUAUAAUGAGUCCCAAACGUGUAACUUUGAAGGCAAAGCAACUACCAAUUUCACGGUUGUUUAAGAUCAUAAGAUAUCCUACAGAAAACCAUGGAAAGAAAAAGCAACACCACUUUAAGUACAGGAUGAAAGGGAGGCAAUGGUACACAAGUAUAGGAGAGGCAUUACUCAGUGCCACUGAAUAUGCGAAGAGUCUACCAUCCAAAGCAGUGAUUGAUAAACUCUUAUUCAAUACAGCAGUGAGGGGCAUUCUGUCUAACAGAACACACCGACAAAAUCUGGAUGGUCUUAUUGCAGGUGAAAAGGAAGAGGUACAAGAAAACGUAGCUGAAACUUUCUUGGGUCCUUUAGAUUUCCUCAUGCCUGUUUUAUCUAACCCUAAAAACCAGAUGAACACAGUUCACUUAUCAGAAAAAGAAAUUAUAUUGAAUUCCAAAUAUUUACCUAUGAAGGAAAAGAAGUCAUUAGUUUCACAGAUACAUAAAAUCAAUAAGCAAUCUGCCACAAAACAUAGGAAGAAACUUAAAUCCUAUUUAAAAACUCUAUCCAACAGAACACUACAAGAAAAUCAUGGUCAUAUUACAGAUGAAAAGGAAAAAGUACAGGAAAACUUAGCUGCAACUUUCUUGGGUUCUUUAGAUUUCUUCAUGCAUGUUUUAUCUGACUCUAAAAACCAGAUAAACAUAGUACAGUUAUCAGAAAGGAAAAUUAUAUUGAAUCACAAAUGUUUAACUCUGAAGAAAAAGAAGCCACCAAUUUCACAGAUACAUAAAAUCAGUAGACAGUUUACUGCAAAAUAUAGGAAGAAGCUGGAAUCCAAUUUAAAAACCAAACUGAAAGCAACGUGGCAAGGUGGAAAUGUGGCUGAUACAUUUCCAAAUACCAUAUUCUUCACUCCAGAUACCACUAACAUUAAAAAGCCAAGCAGAUUCCAAACAGAGAUAGACAUGAGAAUAUCAGGGUUAAGUCAUACACACCCAACACAAAUAGAGUCACCAGCUGAAGUGAUAACAAGGUAUUCUGAUUCCAUUGACAAGAGAGGAACUUCCAACUUGUUAAAGGGAGCAAAACUACAUGGUAGAGAAAGUGGGGAAGAGAAGCAAGAACAUCUUACAGAAAUGGGUCCAUUCUGUGCAGAAAACUUCAUGGCAAAUACAUAUCUUACAAAGGAUCCUCAUCCUGGCAAAUCAGAAGAUGUGCUUUUGGGAGAAAUUUUUUUCUCACAAAGUCAGAUUUACCAAGGGAAUUUGGAAAAAAAUGUAAAAAUGGAAAAAAACAAAAAUGGAAAAGGAAGUCUCAAAGUUGGGCUCCCAAGGAAGGAGAAAUCAGAUAACUGUGCAGAAUUGAGUGAGCCAACAGAUGAUGCCAUAUCAAAUAAAUAUGGUAAAGAGAACAUUGGCUAUUCUGUUUUAAAAGAAAAAGCAUUCUGUAAUCUGGCAGGAAUUGUCCCAGGUUCUGUUGGCAGGCAUUUGCCUGCUUCAGAAGAAAUGAAAAGACAGAAUGACAGCCUUCAAACAGCUGACAGGCCAAGUCCUGAAGGUAGACCUUUGCAGGCAAAGCAAUCAGCAGUUCCACAAUCAUUUGAUGCUGCAGGUCAUGCUGUUCUAACCAUUCAUAAGGAAGAGAAACAGAAGCUGAAAGCCCAAAAGACAGAAAAAACAGAAGUUGAUUUAAUGGAUCAAGAAGCAAAGAUAAAUGUUGCAGAAGAGUUUAACCCAGAGUCCGUUGUUUUCCCUAAGAUACAUCUACUUCAAAUUGAAAGCAAGAAAGAAUUUAAAAUUGAAGACUGGAAAACAAGAGCAGAUCCCAAGACACUUGCCCUGCAAAAGAAACAGCAAGAGCCGUGUGUCUCAGGCACUACCUGGAGUUCACCUAAUCCCUACACAUCUAUUUACCCUACAACCAUAAGACAUAAAGAUAAGGCAAAGACAGCAAAUGUGGAAAGUACUCUGCAUACCAAACAGGUAAAAUUGAAGGCAAAGAGAAUACCAGUUUCCCAGCUGCUUGAAUAUGGUACUGCAGGCAAUCAAAAGGAAACCAGAGGUAACAUCCAGCAGCAGAAGAAAAAUGCAGUACAUCGAGUUCUAAAGGCUGUUUAUGACUCUGGAUACUUUGUGUCUAGCAUUAAAAAGCUUACAGAAGUAAAAAUGGAGAAAAACAAGCCAAAAGACAGGGCAUGCAUUCUUCCACAGUUAAAGCUGGAGAAACCACUAAAAGAAAUGCAAAGGUCAUUGUCAGGAUGUACUGACAUGUCCGGCAUUCUUAGGAAACAGGAACAAGAUAUUAGAGAAAAGGAACAAAAGCACCAAAGCAUUUUAGAAGACACAUCCCAAUACUGUAUUGAACCAUUAAGAAUUAGUUCACAACAUAGUAAUUACAGUAGUUUUGACGCCCCAAGAAUUAGAAAAGAUGGAGAACUUGAAUUUCCCGUUGCACAAAGAGCAAAGGAAAAAGAUAUAGGCAUGGCCAAACAUUCAGUUUCAGUUCCAGUUCCAUGGGAGAGCGAAGGAUCAAAGGGACUAGAUAUUCCGCUAAACUCAAAAGGACAGAAUGUACUUUUUACAGAGUUGGAUACUUCUCAACAGAUUUGCCAGCAGCAAGAAUUGCUGAAACAUGAAGAUAUUUCUAUGACAAACCUGGAGUCAAUGGCCUGCCCCAUUAUGGAACCUCUUCAUUUGGAAAACACAGGAAAGAUAGCUGAGGAAGAAGAUGUGUACAUUAACAGAAAAAAUAUUCCACAUGUAUUGGGAAGAGAAGGAUUAAUGGAAACUGAUAUCUUAAUAGGUUCUAAAGGACAGAAUUUUUUUUGUACAAAUCCAGAGGGUCAGCACGAAGUGCCUAUGGUGCAGGAAGGACAGGUGAAUCCAGAUUAUGUUCCUGAAAGUAUUCUGGAUUCUGUAUCUUUCCCCAAUAAGGACCCUCUUCACUUAAAACAGACAGAGAAAACAAAGAAAGAAAAUGUUAGCAUCUCUGAAAGUUUCAAUGAAAAUCCUUGGGGAAGAGAGCAAUCAAAAUUAACUAACAUUACAUUAAAAUCAAAUAGACAGAAAAUGGACUUUUCAAAAAAAUUGAGGGCAAAGCAACUAAGUAACUGUUAUCAGAAUAAAGAGAAUACUCUGGAAUCCAUUUUCCCUUACACAUUGCAUCAACUUCAUAUUGAAAAUCCCAAGAAAGAAGGCUCAGCAGAAGAAAUAAUGAGUUCAAAAGUUUUAAGCCCAAUGAUAGAGAAGGCAUCACACAAAGUAGGCAUUCCGGUGGAUCAACCUCCAUGUUCAGAAGGAAUACAUUUGAAUAUUAAAGGAAGAAAAGAACAUCCACAAGAAAGUACACACAAGGCUUUUCCAGCAUCUGUUUCUCACUCUCUAAUGGACAUACAUGAGAUUAAGUCACCAAAGGUAAAGAAAGCAGAUAGUUCAGGGUGCCACAUUUCAAAUACAAAAGAAAUUGGCUUGCUUUUUACAGGACAGUCAGAACAGGAAGAAAAAUGUACAUAUGAGGCUCUUCUAAAGUCUGCACCUCACUCCAAAACAGAUCUACAUCGAUUCAAUGCCUCAAUGCAAGAAGAGAAAUUAGAUGCUAUGAAUAUUCUGCAUUAUGACCAUUUAACUUCACAGGCUAGAGAAGCAGUAAAACAAAUGGAUGUUAUAGUUGGAUAUACUCAAAACAGUAAAAAAGGACAAGCCUUACUCAAAACAGGCCAAAAAUGGCAGUGCCCACCAAUUUCCCAUGAGAACUUUUGGGAGCAUAUAUCUUACCCUCAAAAGCAUCCCUAUGUCCUGCAACAUUUAAUGCCUCAGGAAAAGGAAGCAAUAUCAGAAGGAGGUAAUGUAUCAAGCCGGACUCCAGGACUAGACUUGUUUUCUGAAGAUCAAAUAAGUACCGAAACUAAGGAUGGACUAGAAGGGAUUGUGCCCUUCGUUACUCCAAGGCAGAUGAAUAAACAAGAUACAAUGCUGCCUUUAGGAUCAUACCGUAAAACUAUGAAAUAUCCAAGUCUCUUAUUUCCAAAAGGAAUGAAAUCAUCAGAGGGGGUACAGGUCUUUGAUUUAAUAUCAAAUAACAGCUCACCCAAGUUGAGAUUUGGGAAGAAAAUAGAAUCACAUAAGGCAAAUCAAAAGGUGCAAAAAGAAGUAUGUCUGCCUGUAAUAUUACAUCCUCUUUCUGUAUCCAUGCCUAUUUUGCCAGAAAGUAAGGGACAGAAGGAUAGCAUAAAACAAGUUAUUAGGAAAGGUGUGAUAUACCACAAAAGAAGAACUCCAAAAUUGAAGAAAUCGGUAUUUUCACAUAUACUCAAUACCAGUGACUGUGGUGCCCCAAGUGACAGACUAGAAAUGCAGUGGAACGUGACAGAGAAAAUGAUCAAUGUGAAACAUAGAAUGAGUGAACUAGAUUUGGUUGCAGCAAAAAUAUAUGAGUCCAUUCUUUCUUUACCUCACUUCAAAUUGAAUAAAGAGACAACUGAUGGGGUGGUCUCAAAUAAUGUAAAAAGGACAAAACAACAUAGAUCACAGGGAGAGAAGAAAGAUAGAGUCAAAGCAAUGGAUAUGAAAAGAAUAAAAAGCCCUAACAUCAUUUUGAAGCCAAAUAAAUCAUCACUGUUACAUACACUCAGUAUAAAGGAAUUUCCUUUGCUGUUGGAUGUUAUGAAACAAGAGGGCAAGAUGCAAGAAGGUGAAGGUAAAUCAGGUAUGAAACUGACAAACUUGUGUACUUCUUUACCAUCUCUAUCACAUAGUAAUUCAAAUUCAAGAACAAAAGCAGGUAAAGAGAUGUCAGGAAUUCCAAAGGACUGCCUUCCACCACUAAAGCUCCAGGCAUCAUCGAACAUCAGAAGAGUAUCAUUUGCAGAGUCAAUUAAUAGAGAGAGUUUAAGUAAUGUAAUAAAAUUGAAAUGUUUGCCACAGAAAAAUAAGGAAGAUAGAGAAAAUAUAGUAGAUGUGAAAGAUAUAAUGGGCCUCAUAUGUAUCACUUUGAAAGGAAAGAAAUCACCUUUUAAACACUUACUGCAUGGAAAAGAACCACAGCGGAGCAGUAAAAAACUAGAGAAAAUGAUGCGGGAAGAUAAAAGUAAUCUAGACAUAGUUCAGAAUAAACUCUGUGCUUCUAUUCUUUCUUCACCUCACUUGCAAUGGAAUCCUAGAAUAAAAGAGGUAUACAUAAGAGAAAUAACAAGAUUCUGUCUUCCAUCCUCCACAUUCCAGGAAUUAUCAGACACAGUGGGAAAAUGUGAGCAGGCAGUUGGUGAUAUUCGAAGCAGUAUCGGAAAAGCAAAACAUAUACCGGAGAACGACAAAGACAGAGUGGAAAAGGCUUUGGAAAAAAUUAUGCACUCCAAAAGAAUAGCUCUGGAGGUGAAGCAGGCUUCAGUGUUCCAAGAAUUAAACAUCAAAGAAAAAGGGGAAGAGAUUCAGGAAAAUAAACAAGCUGAGAUUUGGAGCAAACCUUUUGCUUCCAUCUCUGUUCUACCUCACUCUAAAAUGGACGCAAUAAAAGGAGAGGAAGCCAUGGGUAUGAAAAUGAGAUCCUCUUUUUCACAGCCAAAUCUCCAAGAGUCAUCAGAUAUAGAGAAAAUAGCAUAUGAAAAGUAUAUUUCUGAUAAUAUCUCAAACAGUGUAAAAAAGACCCUAGAACAUAUAUUGGAAAAAGAACAGGAGAGGCUAAAAACGGAAAAAAAUUUACCUUUGAAGAAAAGGAAAUUAUCAAUUUCACAGGGAAUUCAGUUGGAUAUCAAAGAGCAAGAGAAAAAGAUAGAAAAUAUUAAAGGUGAAUCAAGUGUGCUUCUGAUGAAUGCCAGCACUUCUAUCCCUUCUUCUCAUUUGCAAUUGGAUACAAGAAUAGAAAAAGCAGAGUAUGUAACUGAAGUAACGAGAAACUAUCUUCCAGGACUAUCACACCAAAAAUCAACAGAGGCAGGGAAAAAAGCAGAUGGAGUGGCCAAUGAGAAUAAUGUCACAACUGAAGUACAAAAAGCAAAAGAUUAUACGCAACAGAAAGAAGAGAAUGAAGUCAGAAUAUCAGCUAAGAAAGACAUAAUGCAUCCAGAAGACAAAGGUCUAAAAGGAAAGAAGGCCCUUUCACAGGACCUACCAUUGAAUCCUAAAGAGCCAAAGCAAAUGGAUCAAGAAGCUCAGGAGCAAGGGAAAGAAGACAGAGAAGGUGAGGAGCAAGGGAAAGAAGAUGGAAAAGGAGCAGGACAGGGAAGAGCUGAUAGAGGAGACAAACAGCAAGGGAAAAUACAUCACGAAGUUGAAGAGCAACAGAAAGCAGAUGGAGUAGGCAUAGAGCAUUGGAAAACGGACGGGCACAAGAGUGAAAAGGAAGCAGUUCUCUUCCUAUAUCUGCCUUCCGAGUCCUCUCUAACUAGUUAUAAAUUGAACACAAGAAUAGAAGGAGAGGAAGAAUUACAAGGAAUAAUAAAAUCUGCUACUUCGCAGUUAAGGCACCGGAAAUCAUUUGAUGCAGGGAAAAAAGCAGAUGGAGUGGCCAAUGAGAAUAAUGUCACAACUGAAGUACAAAAAGCAAAAGAUUAUACGCAACAGAAAGAAGAGAAUGAAGUCAGAAUAUCAGCUAAGAAAGACAUAAUGCAUCCAGAAGACAAAGGUCUAAAAGGAAAGAAGGCCCUUUCACAGGACCUACCAUUGAAUCCUAAAGAGCCAAAGCAAAUGGAUCAAGAAGCUCAGGAGCAAGGGAAAGAAGACAGAGAAGGUGAGGAGCAAGGGAAAGAAGAUGGAAAAGGAGCAGGACAGGGAAGAGCUGAUAGAGGAGACAAACAGCAAGGGAAAAUACAUCACGAAGUUGAAGAGCAACAGAAAGCAGAUGGAGUAGGCAUAGAGCAUUGGAAAACGGACGGGCACAAGAGUGAAAAGGAAGCAGUUCUCUUCCUAUAUCUGCCUUCCGAGUCCUCUCUAACUAGUUAUAAAUUGAACACAAGAAUAGAAGGAGAGGAAGAAUUACAAGGAAUAAUAAAAUCUGCUACUUCGCAGUUAAGGCACCGGAAAUCAUUUGAUGCAGGGAAAAUAGCUCACACAAGGUCAUUUGGGGAGGAUAGCUCAAAUGAUGUAAAAACAUUACAAGAAUACAAGCUACAGGAAGAAGCAGAUGGAGAAAAGACAGUAAGUAUGGAUCCUGUAAGGCAACCUGAAGGCACAAUUUUUGAGGCAGAGCAAUUAACACUUCCACAUACACUCAGUAUUCCUGGCAGUGGUGGCUCAAAAACUGGAGAAGUACCAACAAACAUAAAAGAAAAACUGAGACAAGUAAAGGAAAGAAAGAGUGAACUAGAAGAGGUUCUGACAACACCAUCUCUACCUCACCGUGAAUUAGAUAAAGGAACAGAAGGCACAAAAGAGAAACAAGGAGUAACAAGAGCCUUUCCUCCACCUUCAUGGGACACAGAAUCAUCAGAUACAGAGAAAUUAAAAUAUACAACGUCAUCUUUGAAUUAUAUUGCAGGGGAUUCACAAAGAACAAAAUACACGGCCCAGAUACAAAAGGAUAAGGCAAAUACUUCUGAGAAAAGUGUAUUGCAUCCCAAGUACAUCAUUAUGAAGGCGGAGAAAUCACCCACUUCCCGUAUGCUAAAAGCAAAGGAACUGCAAGUGAACAUCAGUCAACAAGAGGAAAAGGCACAGGAAGGUGAGGUGGAAAUAGUUGUGCUUCUGAGCAAAACUUGUCCUUUUGUCACUUCUUCAACUUUCCUUGAGUUAGACUCAAUAAAAGAAGAAGGCGAACCAGGAAUAAGAAGAAGCUGUAAGCCACAUCUUGAGCUCCAGACAUCAUUGCCUUCAGGGCAAACAGCACCUACAAAGCCAAUAGAGAGCCUUGUAAAGGAGGGGAAACAUCCUCUCCCACAGAAAGAAUGCAGAGUACAAACAGCAUUCAUGCAUGGUGUAAUACACCCCAAUGAUGCCAUCUUCGAGGCAAAGACAUCAGCACCUGCACAAGUGUUCAGCAUCACUGAGCACAGUCCUCCGAGCAAGAGAAAGGAGCCACAGUGGGGCAUGAAAGAGAGAGCAGGACAGAAGCAGGAAAGGACAGGACGUUCUCAUGUGAUUCUGACAAAAACUCAUCCGUUCAUGCCUUCUGCCUCUCACCAUGGAUUCUCUCCUUCACAACUGAAGAUUCCUGUAUCAUCAGCUUCAGAAAAAAAUGUGUCUCUCCCACAGUCAUGGUUCCAGGAAUCAUCAGAUGCAGGGAGAAUAGCAUGUCCAGAAACAAUCCAUGAAGAACUUUCAAAUGAUGUAAAACAAUUAAAAGUACACUUGCUACAGAAAGAAGAGAAGGAUAGAGGGGAAGUAGCAGAUACCACCAGUGUAGUGGAUCCCAACAAAAUGUAUUUGAAGGCAAAGAAAUCACCUGUCUUACAUACACACAGUUUAAGUGAUCUUCAGUGGAAAACUAGAGAACAAGAGGAGGAAAAGUUUCAGAAAGUUAAAAGUGGGCCACGUGUCAUGUGGUCUAAGAGUCCUUCUAGAUCCUCCCCACUUCACUUUAACAUGAGGACUGAGUUUCAAGAGGAAAGCAAACCGAUAUUAACAAGAUCCUCUUUUCCCCUAGUAAAGCUUCAGGAAUCACCAGAUACUGAGGGAGGCAUAGACAUAAGGCCAAUUGCUGGUGAUGUUUUAAUCCAUCUACAAAAAGGAAAACACGUGUCACAGAACAAGGAAGAGGAUGAAGUGCAAAUAGUAAACAUCAUAAUAUUCCCCAAACAUCAGGAAGAGAAAAUACAGGAAUGUGAAGGUGAACCAGGUGUGGUUCUGACCAAAUCUACUUCAUGGCCAACUCUGUCUCAACUGGAAUUGGAUAAAGAAACACACUUAGACAAUGAAAUUCUCAGACUUAAAAGCUCUACUCUGCAGAGAAUAUCACACAUGGGGGAGAUUGUACGUAGAGAAUCAAUUGUUGAUGAUAACUCGAAAGAUGUUAAAAAUGAAAAGCAACAUAUCCCUCAAAAAGAAGAAAGGGAAAUAGAUACAAGAGGCACAGACAUAACUUUGAAGUCAAAGAAGUCCCCUCGUUCCUGUUUGCUCCAUAGAACAGAACUACAUGUGAACAUCAGAGGGCAAGGACCAAAGGAAGAUGAAGGUCAAGAUAAACCACCAGGUAUGAUUCAAAGAAAGAAGUAUGCUUCCAAACUUUUACCACCUAACCUUAAACUGGAGAGAGCUACGCAAGCGGAUGAAGAAAGGCUUGGAGGUAAGACAUCCGGUUUACUUCCACUAAUGCCUUCAGCAUUACCAGAUACAGAGAAAACAGCAGCUGCAGAGGCAAGGAGUGGUGAUGUAAGAAAAGGAAAAGCAUAUAGGUCACAGAAAGAAAACAGGCAUGAAGUGAAUACAAUAGAGAUGAGGGUCAGGAUACACGGCCAAGAGUCAAGGAGUUCACCAAUUUCACAUAUCCUUAAUGCAAAGGAAUUAGUGUUGAAUAUUAACAAACUGGAGAAAAAAGUACACAAAGAUAAAGACGAAGCAUGUGUGAUUCUGCCACGGACUUUUCUUUCUGUACCAUCGGUGCCUCCUCUUUAUGUGGAUUCAGGGAACAAAAUAGACAAAGACACACCAGGAAUCGAAGGACCGUCUGGUCCACAGCGAAAUCUCCGGGUACCCUCAAAUAUCCAGAAAAUAACAAAGAGAGACUCAGUUGAAGGCGAUGACAAAAACAUUGUUAAGCAAGCAGGACAGUACGUGCCUCACCCAGAGGCAGAGCCACAGUGGACCUCAAACUUCAAGAUCGGCGUUCAGCAAAGGAAGGAACCUUCACCAGUCAGGUCAAGAGAAUAUUUGAGUCAGUUAGUUUUAAAUUCACAGGAUGAGGACGUUUAUUUCACAGGGUUUGGUAACAGAAGAAGUGGAAAAAGGCUGGAAUGGCUCUUUACAAAGAAAAAGGCUCAGCCAGAAAAAUACAAAACAGAAACUUUUACUGCGUUUCUUUCCUAUCCCACAAUGGAUGCAACUAAAAUGGGUGGUCGGGAGGAAGAAACUGAAAUAAUGGACAACUUAAACCAUAAAAUCAGUCCCGAGGUUUCAGUUUCACUGCUAAGGAAAAUAUCUAAGGAACUACACAUCACUCUUGGCACCCUUGCAAGUUCAAAAGGAUUUUCUAUUUCAGAGAGACAUGCUCACCAGCAAGAAACUUCAUUGAAAGUAUCUCCAGAACUUGCAGGUUCAUGCACAUUUGAUAAGCCAGGAGAAGAUGUACAAAGUAAUGAUAAAAUCAGCAAAAUAUUUUCUCCCAAGGUGUUAGCACCACAGACAAAGGGAUCACUCAAAAAAAUAGAUAUCGUCACCAAUUGGAAUGCCCCACAAAAUAUAGAAGAACAAGAUAUUGGCAUGAAAAACCAAGUGUUGCGACAGUUGGAACAUGGGCACAAGAUCAGGCCGAACACUAUCCUUUCUCUUAAGUUUCCACUUCGAAGUGGAAGGGAGAAGACACCAUCGGAAACAGAUGUGGACCAGAAAACAACAGCGCAGCCCAGCCUACAGAUACUCCAGAUACUACCAGGGACACAUAUAGAUGUGACAGAGAUUGACACUGCAAGAGGGGGAAAGGAGCAGGCAUUGCUCAUUUCAGAACAAGAGGAAUGUGUUCUGGAAUUGCUUCCCAAGUCCCUAUUUCCUCCCUGGACUUUUCCACUUCAAUCAGGGGAUCUGAAAGAAAAAGAUCAAACAGACACAAACACCAAUGUAAAUGUAGAGCAGAAACAAUUAGAAGUGGACCAUGGUAGUGCUGUGAAUCAGAAAGAAGGGAAAUUAAAAAUAGGCACAAACAGAGCUUUACAUCUGGAAGAAGAUAAAACGGAGUUGCAUAAGGGCGGGACUGCCAAUCUGGAGAAGGAGAAAGUAAGAAUGGACACAAGCCAUAGUGCACACCUGCACCUUCCAUCUCUAAAGGCAGAAGAAUCUCAAGUGAAGACUCAGGUCAUCACUCAUAGGGAGAAGAGCCGCCUAAUCGUGCAAAAACAGAAAAAUGAACUAGAGGCAUCUAACGCAAAACAAAACACUCAACUACAAAAAUUGUUUCAAAGAAAUAUCCUGGAUUCUUUUUAUUCCUGUGUUCCUCUUUCUUCCAAACGUAAAGACCAAAAAGGCAGAUUAACAAUAACAGAUCUGAAAAGAGAAUUGAGCACCAAAUAUUUAACCAUGAAAAUCCAGAAACACCCAAUUCCACAGAUGCUUAAUAUCACAGGGUGUGGUACACCAAGCAAUGGAAAGAAAUUAGAGUCUGAUGUUAAGUUAAAGAACAUAGUUUUAUGGAGUAAAGAUAUCUCAGGAGUAUUUAUCAGAAGCAUUUCUAUUUCCAUGCUGAGUUCACCUCACCCUGACUCUGAGACAAACCUAGAAAGAGAAAAGGGAAUCUGCCUUUCUAAAUUCCAGGAAAAAUCACCAAACACUCGUGACAUUUUUAAGAGAGACAGUUUAACAAUUGUAAAAGGGAAGCGGAAUUUGACAAGCACAGCUCCACAAGAUCCCCAGCCCUUUGUAGCAGCUAAACAACAAAUGCAGAAACUUCCUAAUGUCAAGUCAGAAGCAAACCUCAGAAGUGAAAUGAAUAAAAAAUACUUAAAGUCGCAAACAAAAGGAUGGGUUGUCCUAGAGAACGAUGUCUCAAGCGUCAUUAAAAAACCAGACUUGCAUAUCAUCGAGCAAGAAGAAAUGAUUCCCAAAUGCAUUCUGACCCCCACAGAGUGUCCAUCUAUGCUUGAAGAGCCAAAGUUACCCAAGCAAAGGGAUCAGAGUGAACCACUGUGGGAUAUGACCACACAAAAUGUUCAGCAACAAAAUGCUUUCCCAGGAACUGUGGCCAUACCACCUCAAGUUAAAAGUAAUGAAGUCAAAAUAGUUGCAGACAGUACAAAUGCAGAACAUUUACUUCCUAUUUGUGAAGCAACCAAAUAUAUCUCUGAAUCCCAUGUUAAAAAUAUGCUCCAAGACAAAGUUUCUUCUGAUAAACUGGGUAACAUACAAGCCUAUAAGCCUGAUGACUUGGAGUUAGUACCUUUUCCAGAGGUUUCACAUACAACAUCAACAGCAAAAUAUCCCAAAAUGCAGCACAAACCCCUUUUAGAACAGUUUACUCCCAAAGAAAAAAAUAAGCUUACUAAUCAUUUAGAGUCAAAAGCAUUUGAAAUACAACUGAAGCUGAUGCCAGAGAUGGCAAAAAAAUCUUUACGCAUGUUCAACUUUUAUCCAAAAGGGACUCUUUCAAACGAUAAAUGCUGGAAGUUCUAUUCGAGACAUAAAACAAUGAGCUUUAUGUCUCUAGAAGGGAUUGAUACCAUAGAACCUAACUCAAAACACAAAUACCAAAAUAAUUCACCUCCUACCAGCAAUGUGAAGACGCUGACUGUUGAUGUUUCAAGUGGCAGUGUGGAGACCACAAAGCUACAGAGUAUUCAUAAGCUAGAAAGUGGAACAUCUUCAGUGACUUCUGCUAGUGAGAUGCUAUUGCCUCAUACCCUCCAAAACCACUCAGCAAAAGAAAAAGCCAAACUCCUCAUGCACUUUUCUGUGAAAACAUUGGAGAUACACAUGAAAGCCUUUCCCGGAAUUGUAAGAGAAUCUCAUGCAAUGACCAGUGCUCAGGAGAGAAAGAAACCUCUCUCUAACUGUGUUCAUUCUGGUAUCACAAGACCAAAAAGACAAAACAGAAUUUUGUUACUUUUUGAGGAAAAAUCUCUCCAUCAAAUAGAUCUUGAUUUACAAUACAAAUACCUUCGUUUUCUCCUGGGGCCUCCUGUUGGAAGUACAUUCCCUAAGCCAAAUGUACUCCCCAAACAUAAUAAGUUAAACACAGUUGGAAUAUGUCAAAAAGUAGAUGCUGGUGGAGAAAGUGGGAGUCUUCCCAUUGAUACAGAACUGUUAGAGCAACAUAUUUCUUUCAAAAGGCAAAGUCCCCAUGAAAACUCAUCGCUUAUCAGGAAACUCCCAGAGCCAACCCUCGUGUGUGAAUCUGACCGUGAUCUGCACAGCCCGAGGAAGAAAGAUACUCAAGCUCUUUCACAUUCAGAAUUCCAUGUGACUCCAGAAAAAAACAAACAGUAUCAUGUAUGGUUUCAAGAAACAAAUACAUAUAAAUCUACCCAUUUAAGGACUCAGAGCAAUGCUGUUGGUUCAGCUGAUUCACAUGAAACUCAGAUUUCGAAAGAUUUUAUUGAUAUUCAGACAAAUAUUGAGAGUCCAGCUGAGUUGGACAAAUAUCCAGAUCUUGAAGUAAGUGAGAGUGAGGAAUGUAUGUUUCUGGAAGCCAACUCUUAUUUAAAUCAGGAAUCACAAAACAUUCUAUUUGAAUUACAGACAGGCAUGCCUUUGGAAAAUCCCUACAAAAUCACAAGUGAUUUGAAAUCAUUUUACAGUGACGAUUCAGGUUCGCAUUGUACUAGAGGGUACAGAAAGCAAACCUCAUUUAUUACACCGCCUUCUUAUAAGUCCCACGAAACCAGGAAAUAUAGAUCAUCUUCCAAAAUGAAAUCUCCUGACUGGUUGUGUCAUCGUUCAUUAAAUACUAUGGAAAUUCAGUCUAGGUCAUCUGGUGUAUCACUCAGUGAGGAGAAACUUUCAUGGACUACCAGGAGCAGAACAAGUUAUUCUUUAGCUUCUUUAACAGAGUCAAAUAUUAAAUUGCAUCUUGCAAAAAACCAAGACAAGUCUCACAUGCACCCAGAAAGAAAAGAAAGAAAAAAGGCCAGAUUUGAUUUAUUUAAGAAGAAAAACAGUCACUGGGACCAUGAUUACAGUUGUACACACAGUAAAGAGAAAUGGGCCAGAAAGAAGAGAGUGCAUGAUUAUGAGUCAGAACGAUUGGUUUGUUUCCAAAGCAAACAUAAAUCAACAUCAAAACCUCAUCGUGACGAUAUCAACUUCGAUUCUGAAAGAAAACAAAACCGGCCCUUUUUUUUUGCGUGUGUACCAGCAGACUCACUGGAGGUCAUACCCAAAACCAUCUGCUGGACUAUUCCCCCUGAAACCUUAAGGAAAAGAAACUUCAGAGUUCCCCUAGUGGCAAAGAUUUCAAGUUCUUGGAAUAUAUGGAGUUCCUCCAAAAAGUUGUUGGGGUCGCUUUCGGGGUCCCUUACUUCAGUUUAUCACAGCUGACAUUACCAUAGCUAAACUCCUCUGAAGUGGACAGCUGGUGGCUGUUGUGAUAUUCUGUGAAAAAUAAAAUCAUAGAACGUCCAA